AUGGCAAGUGUGGACGCUGCCGGCAGAGAAAGAUUCGAUGCAGCGGAGAUAAUGGUUCAGGAGAUGGAUGCACAAACUGUAGAAGUGCUGGAGCUGAGCCGUGUUUCAUCUCAAGAAGUCCAAGGCGUACGAUCGACCGGCCUGAACUACAGCAUGGGCGUCUCCAGAAAGUAUCCCGGCCGGAGUUCCAUGGCAUCUCCCGUUCUAGCGAGUCCGCCACUCUACACGCCCAGCAUGAUGAGUUCUGUCGGACACGACAGUUUGGGAGACCAGGGCGACAUGGCUUAUGGCUGCGGGCCGAAGCAGUAUCAACAAGUCCACGAGUGGACGAACGGAUAUGGCGACGACCAAUCCAUGGACUUUGAAACGACUCAUCAGGGGCCGCCGGGACAUGACCAUCCGUAUAUGAUGGGUCAAUAUCGUCCGGCGACCAAUUCAAUGGUAGUGAGAGCCAACGGCAUGGUAUACAUGGACACGUGUGGGGGUUACGGCUACGGCAACGCGUCUGGCCGACAUGCGUCUGCGGGAGAUGUCGGUUACUCUUUCGACAGCGCAAUCCCUUGCUAUCCCGAGUCGACUGCCGGCAACGGAGAGAAGGUUGUACCGCUGUCUUCGAGUCGGUCCAGACCCGGUUCUGUGAGCGCGAUGGGUCGUCGAACGUCGGCCGUCUCAAGCGCGGCGGAGCAUUCUGGACUCAUGGACAUCAGUGGCAGCAACUACCACGGGUAUGAUGGCGGUGUUUUGGCUUCCUAUCAUGGAGGCUCAAUGGACCGUGGCGCGGACAUGUAUACUACUGCUCCGCCGGUAGAUGAAUUCGGCCAGGCAGCCUCGCUGAGAUCUCACCUGUCGGGAUACCCCUACCGAUACACCGACACCACGUCUGAAGGUGGAACCGUGGCUGCACUGGACGACCAGCAGUAUCUUGUGCAGGGACGCGGACCGUACCUCGGAUCGAUUUCACCGACGGAAAAUGAUCCCAUACACUGUCGGGGGAAUGCCUCUGCCGGCCUUCAUAGCUGA